CGCCCCAGCCUAGCCGGUCCGGAAUGGUCCUGCUAUGGCCAAGCUCUGGCUCAAGUUCCAGCGGUACUUCCGCCGGAAACCCGUGCGUUUCUUCACCUUCCUGGCGCUCUACCUGACGGCAGGCAGCCUCGUCUUCCUUCACUCGGGCUUCGUGGGCCAGCCGGCCGUCUCCCAGAACCAGGCCAGUCCCGCCGGGGGCGCGGGAGGCCCGGCUGAGGUCGCCGAGCUGCCCUUCGCGGGCGACUUGCACUUGAGCCGGGGCUUCCGGGACGCGGGGGAGGCCUCGAGCAUCGCCCGGAGGUAUGGGCCCUGGUUCAAGGGCAAGGACGGCAGCAGUGAGAGAGCCAAGCUGGGCGACUAUGGAGGCGCCUGGAGCCGCGCGCUCAAGGGGAGGGUCCUCCGGGAGAAGGAGGAGGAGCGAGCCAAGUACAUCGGCUGCCACCUGGAUGACACCCAGAGGCGGGCCCUGCGAGGCGUGUCCUUUUUCGACUACAAGAAGAUGACCGUCUUCCGUUGCCAGGACAACUGUGCUGAACGGGGCUACCUGUACGCCGGGCUGGAGUUUGGCGCCGAGUGCUACUGCGGCCACAAGAUCCAGGCGGCGAACGUGAGCGAGGCCGAGUGCGACAUGGAGUGCAAGGGCGAGCGCGGCAGCGUGUGUGGCGGCGCCAACCGCCUCUCCGUCUACCGGCUGCAGCUGGCCCAGGAGUCCGCCCGCAGGUACGGAAGCGCCGUCUUUCGAGGCUGCUUCCGCAGGCCUGAAAACCUGUCCCUGGCCUUGCCCGUGACCGUGGCCAUGCUCAACAUGUCCGUGGACAAGUGUGUUGACCUCUGCACCGAGAAGGAGUACCCGCUGGCGGCCCUGGCGGGCACUGCCUGCCAUUGUGGCUUCCCCACCACGCGCUUCCCGCUGCACGACAGAGAGGACGAGCAGCUCUGCGCCCAGAAGUGCAGCGCCGAGGAGUUUGAGAGCUGCGGCACCCCCCGCUACUUCAUCGUCUACCAGACGCAGGUCCAAGACAAUCGCUGCAUGGACCGACGGUUCCUCCCUGCCAAGUCCAAACAGCUCAUCGCUCUGGCCAGCUUCCCGGGCGCCGGCAACACGUGGGCCCGCCACCUCAUCGAGCUGGCCACUGGCUUCUACACGGGCAGCUACUACUUCGAUGGCUCUCUCUACAACAAAGGAUUCAAAGGUGAGCGGGACCACUGGCGCAGCGGGAGGACCAUCUGCAUCAAGACACAUGAGAGCGGCCAGAAAGAGAUCGAGGCCUUCGACGCCGCCAUCCUGCUCAUCCGGAACCCCUACAAGGCGCUCAUGGCCGAGUUCAACCGCAAGUACGGCGGCCACAUCGGCUUCGCGGCCCACGCACACUGGAAGGGCAAAGAGUGGCCAGAGUUCGUGCGGAACUAUGCCCCAUGGUGGGCCACCCACACGCUGGACUGGCUCCGGUUUGGCAAGAAGGUGCUGGUGGUUCACUUCGAGGACCUGAAGCAGGACCUGUUUGUCCAGCUGGGCCGCAUGGUCAGCCUGCUGGGCGUGGCUGUCCGGGAGGACCGGCUGCUCUGCGUGGAGAGCCAGAAGGACGGCAAUUUCAAGCGCUCGGGGCUGCGGAAGCUGGAGUAUGACCCCUACACCGCCGACAUGCAGAAGGCCAUCUCUGCCUACAUCAAGAUGGUAGACGCCGCGCUCCGGGGGAGGAACCUCACGGGGGUCCCCGACAACUACUACCCCAGAUGAUGCGUCCGACGGGGGGUGGCCAGAGUCCUCGCCGAGCAGGCC